UCCCAUUCGUAACAUAGGGCGCAUGACGAGUUUUUUAUCUUGCCUCUUUUUACAUUCGCCACUCUCUGUUUCUGAUAUUUUUUGCAUUGGCAUUAUAAACGCCAUUCAAUACAAAAGAAAACAACUCAAACUUGAUUGGCGAUAUUAUGAAUAAAUAACUUUAAAUCGACCGGUAUCAUAUUGGCAUACACAGAUAUACAACAAGAAAAUGAAUAUCGACGACGUUAUUUAUGUAGUAUGCCUCCUGGCCUGUAUUGGAGCAGGCAACUAUGUGCGAAAAGUCCCUGAUAAAACCCAAAAGAAGUAUAUUAGCACAGCAUUGGGCAUAUUGAUGGUCUUUAUUGUGUCAGGAUGGAAUUCUUUUCAUUGUUUCGUGUCGGCCUUGUUGGGUGCAGCUGCUGUAAUAUACGUACAUCCGAGUAAAUGCCAUUUAGCAGCCUUUACUGUCAUGUUUGGAUACUUGGCGUUCUUCCGUUUGGCUAGUAUGUUUGGUCUUCCAGAUCCUCCGGGACACAUUAAUAUGAUUCAAAUGAUAAUGACCUUAAAAAUUGCUGGUAUAGGUUUUGAAAAAACUGCCUCCUGGAAGAAACUUAAAGAACGCGAAAAGAAUGAAGAUGUAGAAAUUUCAGAGUACGAUUCAAUUAUUCAGUCUGUUAAUAUCGUUGAAAUUCUCCAUUACUCCUUUAACUAUAUCGGUAUUUUGACGGGUCCAUAUUACCGUUAUCGGACUUAUCGUGAUUAUUUUGAAACUCCAUUCUCCGUCCACGCUCCCACUUGGAAAACAACUUUGGAUCGCCUAAAGUAUGCCGGCUUUUACUGCAGUCUGUAUCUCUUGGGCAAUUCAAUUUGGCCUUUAGAGUAUGCCUUGACCGAUGAAUUUUACAAUGAACGCUCCUACUUUUAUCGCCUCAUGUAUGUUUGGCCAACAUUUAUAAUAUUCCGUAUGCGUAUAUACACCGGCCUAACAUUGAGUGAGUGCGUUUGCACAAUGGCAGGAUUCGGUGCAUAUCCUGUUGAAGCUGAUGUGGUCAAUGGCGGUGGUCCACGUAAACCAUAUAAACAUUUUAAUCCCGAUACAUAUAAAGGCGAAUAUACAUUCACUGCUAUUGUAAACACCAACGUAAUGGAUGUAGAAAAGAGUCCAAUGUUCCGUGAAACUAUGAAACACUGGAAUAUUUGUGUACAAUAUUGGUUGGCGGUUAAUGUAUAUAAACUGUUUCCAAGCAAAAAAUAUAGAACUGUAGUCACAUUAUUGGUCUCUGCGUAUUGGCAUGGUUUCCGGCCUGGUCACUAUUUUUGUCUGAUGGGAGCUCCUUUCUAUGUACACAAUGAAGAUAUUUGGGAUAAAUUGAUACGCAAAGAUGCUACCGGCACUAAACGCAGAAUACUCGACUUUCUCUUCUGGUUCUUUAAAUUCUUCAGUGGCGGUUAUAUGGGUACCGCCUUCUUACUUGUGACAUUUGAAAAGAUUUGGCGAUUCUAUAGUUCAGUUUAUCAUACAUGUUAUGUUGCUUGGUUAGUACUUUUGGUCGUUGGUACAAUUUGGACAAAACAAAAGAAAGCUGAAGAGAAACGUAGAAAACGCCUUGAAGAAAGCAAAGCCGAACCCGCAGAUUAAGAUAAGAAAUCCCAAUAAAUAGCAUGUAAGAUUGGGAUACCGAGAACAAAUGGAAACUCUAUAUUAUUGUUUCUCCAUUUUCUUAGUAACACAACACAUUGAAACAUAAUUAAAAAAAAUUAUUUUUAAAAAAUGUGUAGUAGUCGAAAGCACAGUCCGCCGUUGGACAUAGUAGUUAGAUUUUAUCUUGAUAUUAGAAUGUGGGGGAUAGUUUUAAAUAAAAGCCAAACCAAAUUUAUAAAAUAUAA